UUCUUCGAGACAGACAUCAAAAGGCUUCUCCCCUUUCGUCUCAAAACAACAAACAACCCAACACCAGCAACAUCGAAACGAACAGCAACGAAAUGACCACCACGAACGGUAUCGGUCUACCUCUUUUGUCGGCUCUGUGCUAUGGCGGAUCAGAAGUUCUGGUCAAGGUGGGAACCACAGGACUUGCCGCCCACGAAGUACAACUGAUCAAAACCAUCGUGACAACCCUAUGUUUCUUGGGAGUGGCAUUCAAUGCUUCUGGUGGGGCCAUUCUGCACAGCAAGGGAUUCUCAUCUUCUUCCGCUUUGGUUGCUACAUGUAUGACUGCUGGUGUAUGCGCCUUUAUCGGGGGGUUGCUCAAGACUACCGCCAUCAAGAACGGCGCAGCUUUGGGCACCGUGUCAGCUCUCACAGCGUUUUACCCGGCCGUCGCCUUUGUGGGAUCUGUUGCAUUCUUUGGCGAAGAGCUGAAACCAAACAAGGUCGUUGGUCUUGGGUUUGCCCUCUUGUCAAUCUUGGCGUUUUCUUAUGAGCCAAAAGCCGCUGUCAAAAUACUGAAGGAGGAAUAAAGAGACUUGCGAACUGCCAUCUGCUGGAUACCGUUAGGUUUCAACGGGGCAUUUGACAGAUCUUCAUUUUCCCUGUGAAGUCAAUGCUGGCAACAAAAGACCACGGCGCUAUUAUAAGCGCCAUUAAGAUAGAUUCAUUCCUUAGUUCUAGUCUUUGCUACGU